AUGAUGACCGCCUCCAAGACCCCCCAGAUCACUGUUCUCGGCUCUUUGAACAUCGAUUUGACUUCCUACGUCCCCCACCACCCCCUGCCGGGCGAGACCCUCACCUCCAACUCCGUUGUCAUCUCUCCGGGAGGCAAGGGCGCGAACCAAGCCGUCGCCUGUGCGAAGCUCUCGCGCUCCCGCGAUGCCCCCAACGACGCCGCCAAUGAGUCCGCCUCCGUCUCCAUGAUCGGCGCCGUCGGCAGCGACUCGUACGGCGACCUCCUCCUGAAGAACCUCGGUGAGCACGGCGUCCACACCGACCGCAUCGCCGUUGGCAACGACCUCAAGACCGGCAUGGCCAUCAUCGUCGUGGAUGAACCCACCGGUCAGAACCGAAUCAUCCUGGCCCCCGAGGCCAACCACGCCGUUACCCCGGACAAGUUCGGCUCCCUCCCCGAGACUCUCACCCCCAAGCCCGAUUUGCUGGUGAUGCAGCUCGAGGUGCCUCUCGAGACCGUCCUCGCCGCCCUGCGCUCCGCAAAGGCCGCCGCGGUUCCGGUUCUCCUCAAUCCGGCCCCAGCCCAGCGCCUCCCCGACGAGGCCUACGACGGCCUCGCCCAUCUCGUCGUCAACGAGACCGAGGCUGCCAUCCUCUCCGGCUGCCACGAGUCGGAGCUCGACACACCUGAGGGCCUCAAGCGCGUCGGCGAGUGGUUCAUGGCCAAGAAGGUCCUCAAUGUAAUCAUCACCCUCGGUGGCCGCGGCGUCUACUACAUCAACCAGGACGGCGCCGCCGACCUCAUCCCGGCACAGAAGGUCAAGGUGGUCGACACCACUGCCGCCGGCGACACAUUUGUCGGCUCCUACUGCGUCGCCGCCGUCAACGCCCAGGCCAAGGGCGAGGCCUUUGACAUCUCCUCGGCUAUCAAGAACGCCAAUCGAGCCGCGGCCAAGACGGUCGAGCGCAAGGGUGCGCAGACUUCCAUCCCCUGGAGGGAUGAGCUGCUGUAA